CUCCCCGUCCUCUUGCCUCUGUAUCCAGCCACACCAGCGCUGGUCGACGAGGACCGCUGCAGCAAGGAAGGAACCUCUCUCUGCAUUCGCGUUAGUCGUUACACGCUAAUGUAUUUGUGCCAGCUGCUUUCCCCGCAGAUUUAACGUCCCAUCUACCAACCCCAUGCUUCUUGCUUCCCGUCGUUUAUAAGCCACCGCCGCCCUCCUCACCUCAUACCUUUUUGCUACUUCCAAGCUUCUGCUGCCACCAACAAUUUUCUGUGCAACACCAGAAAACUCGCAAAUACCGCAGACUGUGUGGGAAUCGAGGAAUCAAGACCAGGCAUUCAUCAUCGUUCAAGAUGCCUACCGCAACAGAGCGCAUUAACGCCUUGAACCCCUUUUCCAAGAAGGAGUCUCAUACGGCCGCCUCGAUCACCACCUACAAGGUCUUGACUAUUCUGAGUUGGCUCUUGGCUUUUGUCGUCACUCUCUACUACACCUUCAAUGAACCCACCGAUGGCUUCACAAUUCGGAGAAGAAUUUGGGACCAGAACUACCUCUACCCCACUGCCUUCACUUUGAACUCCACAAUCAUCGACAUCUACUGGCUCGUUCUCUUCAUCCUCCAAAUUGUCUAUGUCGGGCACCUCUUCUCGAGCAACAGCGACUAUGUCAACGCCGCUGCCAGCGUCGGGUCCCACUUCAUCUUCAACAACCUGUUGCACUUCGCCUUUGUCAUGUUGUUCGUGCGCUCCCACUUCGGCUGGGCUGAGUUCAUUCUCAUCAUCAACUUCGCUAACCUGUCGUCGCUUUACUUCCGUCACAACACGUAUCCUCGCUUCAUCCACUGGCCCGUUGUUUCCGCUCCUCUGGCCUGGACAUUUGUGGCCAUCUACUGGAACGGCGCCAUCAUGGUCCCUCACCCCCACAACCUCGUUGCCCGCAUCUUUGGCAACAUCUUCGUUUGGUCCAUUCUGGUUUAUGGAGGUUUCUUCAUCACCACCUACAAGGAUUACACCAUGGGCUUCUCCCUCAGCGUCCUGUCCGCCGCCCUUGGCGUUGCGCAGUUCGGUCGCCAAAUCGUUGCAUUCCAGUGGAUUUUUGCCUUCACCAUCAUGGCUGUGCUGUUCGUUUCAACUCUCGUGAUUGCCUACCCGGCCGCGACUGGCAAAGACUACCCCUGGAGAAGCCGCACUGCCGACUCGGAGCGCGCUCCCCUUCUUGCCGAUGACCAGUAAAUGCCAUUGUGUUCGCAUUGAAGCUCGUGACUAAAGUCUGCGCAUUGGCGUGUCCUCGCGACAGAAGCACUCUUCACUACACGAGAGGAGAAGGCCGAGCUGAAGUGCGACUGGGAGUCACCCAUGGCAGAGUCAUGGGCGUCAAAAAGUUGUUUUCGUUCCGAGAUUGCUGCGACAACUGAUUUAAUUUUUGGUAUGGAAUGUACGUGGCAUUUUUCAUGGCCAUGCAUGCGUAGCACUGCACGAUAAUUCCCCAUGUUGUUAUUCGGCCUAGGAAGGAGAGGACGGGGAGGGGUGACGUAGCGAUGGUCUUAUCGCUGUCGUUAUCGCUCCCGAGCUUUGUUUAUCGGUUCGAAUUAACGUAGCUCUUAGCUGAAGGCGGAAUGGGUUACCUUAGGUACUUCCCCGAACCCCUGGUAGUGGAUCUAUCAAUUACCACUACCUAUUACAUGCUUGACUUUAUGGAUACCAAUUAUUACUCACCCGUUUUUGCUAC